AUGGACGUAGACGAUAUAGUAGAUUACAUAAAAUCGUUAAAAAAAGGGUUUGAUAAAGAUUUAUUUCAAAGUAAAAUCGAAGAACUGGGAUAUAUAGUAGAUACCGCUGGUUUAAGCAAUGAUGACUUUAAUGCUUUAUUUAAACUUUGGUUGAACUUGAGUAUACCGAUAACAAAAUGGUUUAGUCUCGGUACCACUAUUGUGCCCCAGGAAAUGGUGACACAAAGUACCGUUGAGUAUGCUUUGAGAUGGAUCCUCGGAAACUAUUAUGAUCAAAGUAAUUUUUCGAGAAUCGGUUUUCUAUUGGACUGGAUGACAGCCGCUAUGGAUUGUGACAGUGUGGAUAUGAAAGCCUUAGACAUAGGCUAUGAGUUGUUCUACUCAAUGUUGACAUUUGAAACACUUGCAGUGCAUGCUAUGAAGCUUGUUUACACAUUAACAAAACCGAAUGAUGUCACAAGGAGAAGAGUACUGGAACUAAUGGACUAUGCUAAAAAGAGAGAAGCAAAAAAGAAUAUGUAUCGGCAAAUACAGGUGCUUCUUGGUUUGUUUAAAUCUUAUAAACCGGAGUAUGUUCCUGAAGAUGUGCCUUCAAUAUCCAUACAUACUGCUUUUAGAAAAAUUAAUGUGACACUAUUAACAAGGUUUAAGAAUGUUCAGAAUCGUAGAAAUAGCAUGAGUACUGAAACACAACGUUUGUUCUGGAUAAACCCAUUAAACUCUGUAAUUAGUAGAAAUAAGAAGGCAGACCCACUCAUACCUAAUAUGGAAUUUGCAAAUAUUGGUUCAAAACAAUAUGAUAAUGAAGCUCAAAAGAACUAUUUAGACUUUUCUGAUCCUGUAUCCCUGCUGCAGUACAGCUCGGCCCAUACUAUGAGACGGCCGGCGAGAUUGAGAGCGUUACUAGUGAAUACGACAGGGUUGGCGCUGUUAGCGGCCGCGCCGCAGUCUCAACACGCCUUCCUGUCGCACGACAUACACCACCUGCUCGCCAGCUGUUUCCUGGAAACAUCGCCGCAUAGUUACUAUGAAAAGCAGGAUCUAUUGAAGAGGUUGGCUAUCUUCCAGUCCACUCUCAUGCAAGGUCUCCCUGUCGUGACACGUUUCUUGGCACAGUUUUUGCCAUUUUGGAACGAAAAAGAUUUUGGGGCUGAGAUUCUACAGCUUGUGGAAUGGGUGAAUGUUGAAAGCAUUGAUCACAUAAAUGUAAUUUUAGAUACCCUCACGAAAAUAUACCACAGAGCUCAACCUAUGGAGCAGUGCUCUAUCCUGAAAAGCAUAACCAGCAUGUAUAAUAACCUUGUAUAUUCAAGUACGCGACCGCGGCACUAUUUUCUGAGUGUGCAACCUACUGAAACAAUGUACUCAGAAUUACUGACUUUGGUCUCUUUAAGAAUAAGCAGUUUGUGCAACAAAGGAUUGCAAACAUCACCUGAGGACGUUCGCUCGGUAUGGAGCGUAACACAAGCGGGAGUACGAAGUGCUCGGGCGGGAGUGAGAGGGAAGACACGCGCUGUACCGCCGGCUGUACUGUCGUUGGCGCUACCGUUGCUGACGCCCUCUGCUGCCUCACUGGACCGUCUUGCACAGCUGAUCGUGUUAUACAAAGAAAUAUUCUCCGCCAUAAAAGCUAAGAACGGACACAAAGACCAAGCUUAUAUUGAACAGAUGCAAAUAUUGAAGGCAUUCACAUCAGAUUUCGUCAGCUGUUUCUAUGAAGAGUUUCUCAGUGGACGCAAGAAAGGCAUCAUAUUUAGUCGUUUACACCCGCAGUUGGUCAGCAAACUCUCUGAUUUGAUACCUGAAGUCGACACAAAAUUAAGCAUACGCAAUCACUUAGCAUUUGCCCCAUAUACUUACGUGCCACUACAGGCCAUAGACCACAAAGACGCAGACAAUAAGUUAUGGUUUGACACAGUUAUAGACCAGGAGUUUGCCAAUUUGAGCCUAUUUGUGAAGAAGGCGAUGCCAGAGUUGCAUUGAAAAUAUUAAGUUAAAUCAUGGUUGAGCUGAACAUUUACAAUUAAAUAAUGUUACUUAUUAUUU